GAUAAGCGGGUCCCUUACUGGGGCAACUUUUUUUCUCUUCGGCUAAUAGUGGGCUUACAGCGUAUUAUAACAAGCAUAAAAAAUAAAAUUGUGAAAACUGCCUAGUGAAAAUGAUAUAACAUGCAUAUUUUUUUCACUAAUCCACAGCAUCCAAACUUGCCAUCAAAAGUGACGCGAAAAGUUAGAAAAUAAUAGAGACCCUAUGCAUGGCGUUAAUAUCGCCCGAUAGAUAAAGGUGCUAAGUGAACACUCGAACGAAGCGCAAUAUUUGUUGAAACUGAACGAGAAUAAAAGUGCAAAAAAGAAAAAUGCUUCGGUUAUGAUAACAUUGAAAAUAAAUCUGGAACGGAAAUAACAAAAAAAAGGUGAAAGAGAUGUUCUGAGUUUGAGGCCAACAUGGCACGUGUUGGUGGUUUCGUUGAUGGAGAAAGUGAAUGAUAGUUUUUAUCUCCGACACGAACCGUGAUAGCAACGUCCGUUUCAGUUACGUGUGCAGCGGAGAACGAAAAAAAAAAGAAUUACCCAGUGAUCAAGAAACGACCGGAUAAUCUGCAGGGGGAUUACAAUCAUUUCUAAAAGUCGAGCAGAAGUGCUGAUAAAGCGGUUAGAAAGCUCAGAAAAAGUGCGAUCGUAUUGUUCGUUUACACUCUUCCAUAGCCUGUGGUGUUUUGUAUGGAAAAAUGUGCUAAAAACAUUGGAUGAAAAAGAAGUUCUCUCUUACAAGUGUUCCUAAGCAAGCAAGUAGUCAUAGCGUGUGUAGUGCUUUGAUUUUCCUCAGGCGCUGAAAGAGGAUGAAAAAUAUCAGCAAUCAAAAUCACAGUCCGUUCUAUUGAAGCCGUCGGUCGGGGUGAUUUGCAAGAGUAUUUGUGGGGUGGUGACAUCUAUCAACGGGUGGACGCUCCGGGUUACCUCCUUCCAGAUCCAGACGAGUUCUCAGCGCAGCGCUCCAGCAGCUGCUCAUACUGACGUGGAUUCUCGUUAGUCUACUGUCUUUGUUCGUUGGCAGUGGCAGAUGAUGUAAUAUUCUAUCCUGACAGGCAGGCGCUUGUUGACAGCACGAGCAGGAGCGCAGAAAAAAGGAUAACGAUAGUGAACGGAUUUCGCACUGUUUUUGGCCAUGAGAUUUUCUCCGCUGUCAGCUUCGUUUCAAAUGGCACGAGAUUUUUCCACGGCCAAAGAUUGAAAACAAUUAUCCAGCAGUGCAGUAGCCGUGUGUCCCCGGACCCGCAGGGAGCGUGCAACAAAAAAAGCUUAUCUGAAAAUAAUAGCAGAGUCGUAAUUUUCAAGCGAUUAGUGCAAUGCUUUCUCCCGAAACGACAUACAGAGUACAAUAAACGAUUUUAUUUCGCUUGCGCUUGCAAAUAGUUCCACUGUGAGCAAGGAUGGCAGCCAAAAGGAAAGCUAUCUUCAGCACGUAAAAAUUGUGUCCCCAUAAACAUCCCGAUUUAUUGUGUUUUGAGAUUCCUAGCUCCUAGUCGGAAGCUCUCCAAACGUAAGAGGCAGCACGGCUCGGUUGAGAGCACCGUUACCAAUGCUCCACCAUUGCUGCUGUUCCUGCCGCACCGUUCCAGGUUCAAAGGUUAGACUUGGAAGAUGAAGGUUGACAAAGCGGUAUGCACCGAAACGUACGAAGAUCUGAGCCGAGCGAUACGGUUUGAGGCGGUGUUUUCAACACUUGUUGAAAACAAAAUACUCGCAAUCAAACGCGAGUGUGAGCAGAAGAAGCGAAAUAAAAAAUCUAAAGUAAUUCGGAGGAUUUUGUUCGGGCGGAAGUCUUGCAGGAAGUCGGGAAAAAAUGGUAGCAUUGAGAGUAGCAAACCGAAAAAUGCUUCCCCUACCGGGGACAACGAACAAGCGGAAGAGGAAGUGGCGCCAGUGGAGAAUGUUGAAAAUGAAAUCAAAACCGUCGGUGACGCACCACCGGAAAAUUCAAUUAUCAGCGACGGCAUUGAUGAAGUUAUCGUCGAGAUUGGUGAUUUGUCUUCGCUGGUCGACGCCGACGGAAAUUUGUUACCAACAGGAGUCGAUGAUACCGAGGCGAGAUCGGGAAGCUUUCAUUCAAAAUCGGAAUUGGAAGGCAAUCUUUUUGGAACAUCCGAAACGGUCAACGGUGGUGUGACGUCGGUGAACGUGGAUCAGGUAGAUAGCGAAAGUGCAGGGGCGGUUGGAGGAUGUAUCCUCAUCGAUGACCGCACUUCAUUGAAGAGCGACGCGAUAGCACAAUCUAUAGACGACGAUAGGAAAUCAAUUAUGUCGAAUGACGGUCGAUUUAGGGAACGAUGUAGCACAUUAGAACCAGUUAGUGUAUCCAUAGAAAUAGAACCACAUUCCGAUCCGCUUAGUACCCAGUAUGACCUCGAAGAUAGUGGAACCAACGUGUCCAUCGAGUUGGACGCAAGUGAAAUUUCCGAUAUGAAACGGAGCAUUGCCUCCGAUCCGGUUCCGAUAAUUAAGAAUAUUAGCAAAUAUUGUCAAGGCUCACCCAGGCAGCCGUCUUUGCUCGGAGUGCAUCGGCUACGCGUUCUCGAAGCCAAAUCAAUCAGUGCCCAGAACAGCCCGAUUCUUCCGCGUCAAAAGUCGACCGAAGCACGACAUUUGACGUUUAGUACUGCAACUUAUCAGACGACCUCAUUGCACCAGGUACCGACGAAAUCGAACAAAGACAUCGAAGACACCUCGUUUGUAAUCGAUCUCAGUCGAGAAACUGGCGCCGGAAACGGAGACACUAGCGGCGCCACUAGCAAUCUUAGCAACUGUAACUCUAUUGUGAUACCGAUGGACAAACAUCAGCCAGCACUACUAGAAGGCAGCAAGCGAAGCGGUAGUUUUAGUGCUAGCCAGAAAAAGUCAGCAUUAGUAGUAGGCGAUAGCAGUAGUAGUAGCGCUAGUAGGAAGAACAAAUUGAACCCGGCAUCUACGAGUUCCGACCAUCAUCAUCAGCAUCAUCAUCAUCACCAUCGGCAUUCGAAGCGCCUGAGUGAUGUGGUGGUCGAGUACGACCAGACGCCACCGCAAACGCCGGGACUCAUCGAAAGCUUUAACCAGCUGACGUCUCCCAAUCUACCUGUGAUAACGAUGCGUCAAUCCGCGUCGCCGGUUAGUGAUAUGAUCAAGCUGCAUCGACUGUCCGCUGCUGGUGGUGGCAGCCGGUCCGGCACAUACUCCGCACAAGCUCAACUACCCAAUCAGGAAUACAGCCAGCAAACGAAACCGGCACAACUGACAACGACAAUCAUCAGCGAGCUCAGUGAAAGCGGAAACGGUACCGGGCGGAAGCAUCGGCACGGUUUCCUGAGACAAUCAAGCUGCGAUGUGGAACUACACUACCGACCCAGCAGCGGGGCAUCGAACCCACAGCAGCACCAGUCGAAGCAGUCGAAGAAACACGAUCGACACAAAUCGUCACGAGACCGCUACAGUAGAGAUAGCUUCAAUCGGGCAACGACGGUCGCUGCUAGCAGCGCGUGGGACGAUUAUGGUGACGACCCGGUGAUGAUGGCCGAGCUCAAUGAAAGCGACGAGGAAAAGCUCAACAAGCGAAAGUACAAAUAUUUGAAGCGAUGUUCGGAUCCGGUAAUUGUAUUUCCUACCACUAGUACCGGAGGUGGUCUAGUCGGAGCAGGACCCAGCGGGACGGCGCCGGGAGGUUUCGGCAGCAGCGGGCUUCAGCACUGUAUACUCAGCCGACCGCCCAAUCAACCGAUCCAAUUCCCAUACGAUGAGGAUUUCAUGUACGACGUCUCGCUGCAGCUUGAACCCGACCGGCACGGUGAGCUGGAUUCGAUAGUGCCUGAACAUAAAAGAAGACAUAAACAUAGACAUCACCAGCAUCAUCACUGCAAGAAGAAAAGACACAAGAAACGGAAAAUCCUGGUUCAUGAUUUGGACGAUCAAAGCGUUAAGGUUAUAGAUCCGGAUGAUCUUCCACAGCGCGCACGUUGGACUAUAAUCGCAACCGCUUGCCUACUACUAAUAAUGUGCCUGCUCUUAGUCGGAAUAACUCUGCGAAUGGCUCCCAUAAUCGACGAUAUGGUUCGUCAGGAAAACGAGCGCCUCAUGCGGGAGUCCCUCGACAGAGCCAAGAUGAUAAAGAAUUACACCGAAUACAACCGACUGAUCGCUGGUGGUGGCGGCGGUGGUGAUGGUGUUGGAGUUGGUGUUGGUGGGAACGAAAUCGCAUAACCAGCACCGGUGCUACCGGACCGGCCGAUUAUGGUUUGCUUUCGUUGGAGCCAUUUAUGCCAGUGGGCCACCGGAACCACCUUCCCGCAACCUUCCGCGCGACGGCAUGCCGGAAGUUUUCGUCGAUACGCACAUAUGUAAAUUUUGCUUUCGGAUGACCUAGCAAUACAGCCUUUUAUCACCUGGAUGGAUUUAGAUUGCUUUCCAACCGUCAAUUGUAUCCAGCAGCAGCAGCAGCAGCAUCACCAGCAGUAGAAUCAGCAGCAGCAGCAGCAACAGUGACGCCAACCGAUGAUCGGUUAUUUUUAAUUAAUUUCAAUUUCACAGGAAAAUUCAAUUAAAAUAACACAUGUGGCAGUAAAUCGCCCGCGAAGCUAAAGGCUUAAACGGUUAUCUGGAAUGGCAUUUUCUGUAUAAAAGAUGGAUUAGAUUGAUAACAGUGAAUUUGACCUUAACGUGAGUUUGUUCACGUGUAAAUUAUAUUAUUUAUAACAACAUGACCUGACGGUUUCACGAAAAAUAUAUUUGGCACAGAUUUUUUUCUCAACAUGUUCAAUUGUUCUGGUUCUUUUUUUGGCAACCAACUAAUAAUAAUCGAUUUAUUUCGAUAUUUGUGACUUUAAGAACAUUUAUCAGAAUCGUUUCACACGGACUGCACGGCAUGUAGUGCCAUCUUGCUGGAACCAAUAGUCGUCCUAUCAAUUUUCAGUCACUUCCGACUGCGAACAAACGUGUUCUCUUGCCAAAUCAUGAAUUUUUUCGCGAACUGAUCCGCGAAAAUAAACUUGAAUUUGUUAGGAAUUCUACCACAUGCAAGAGUGUUGUAGAAUUUAACCGCUGGGAUUUGGUUCAAAUCAACUUUCGCAUAAGAUCAUCAUGAGAUGAGAUAAAUCCUACUAAUUUAUACAUAAGUCUAUAUUAAGAUGCACAGAGUUUUGGUGGAGUAUCGACUUUCCUACGGUUUGAAUGUGGUUGAAAAUGAAAUAAAAAUGCGAUGAACAAAACUUUUGCUCUACUUUGUCAUGUACCGACUAAUUUCUUCUUUAGCCGACUUGCAUGUACAAUCCUCCAGCUAGUCCAUACAUUUUAAGAUUAAAUUUAGAAGCAAACAAAGUGCAUGCAUUCACAUUUUUUGUGUUCGCAUUGUCGCAUGUUACAAAGCUUUAUGGUAGGUAAAAACUGUUAUGAUAUCUGGUAUUCACGCUUUUACAACUUUUACCUAUUUUGAUAUUCCAUAGUUUGCUAUUCUGCGCAACUGACUCGCACCGUGUUUUCUCGGAAAGCUGCCAGCCAAACUCCUGCCACUUUCUCUGUCCCAGUUACACGCUAGCACGCUACACAAAUAAUAUGUAAACAACAUACAAUAUACAUUCUAGGCAAACCCUCUUAUAGGGUAUAAAUACCAGAAUGUCACAUCCUCCCCCUGCAUGAAACGAACAAUUUAUUACAUGGCAUUAUUUCAGGUCAAUUAUAGAUUAUUUCCGUUGUUGGUACAGUCGUCAUAUUAUUCUUGUUUGUUGUAAUGAAAUUCAUAAAUUCUUAUACAUAACCUGUAGGAAAGAUGCUUUCCUUUUUGACUUUUUGAGAUUGACCUGGCAGGAUCGCCAAUAUUCCAUGAUUUGUUGGCUUAACCUAAAUUGUCCAUGGCUUAUGCUGGUUCAAUCUUAAUUUACGUUGGCCAUUACCUUUCGCCAGCUCAACCUUAUCAUGCCUUAGCGAUCGGCUUUUCCAGGAUCAAUCUUAAUAUACAUUGGCCAUGACUUUUCACCGGCUCAAUCUUAAUAUGAAUGGCUACGGGUUUUCUCGGAUCAAUCUUAACGUACGUUGGACAUGACCUUUCGCCGGCUCAACCGAAAUUGACCUGGCAGGAUCACCAAUGUUAUAUUCCAUGAUUUGUCGGCUCAGCCUUAAUUGUUCAUGACUUUUGCUGGCUCAAUCUUACUGUACUUUGACCAUUGCCUUUCGCCGCCUCAACCUUAUCAUACCUUGCCCAUCGGCUUUUCCCGGCUAUAUCUUAAUAUACAUUGGCCAUAACCUUUCGCCGGCUCAAUCUUAAUAUACAUUGGUGAUGGGUUAUUCUCGGUCCAGUCCUAAUAUACGUUGGCCAUGACCUAAAUUGACCUGGCAGAAUCGCCAAUGUGAUAUUCCAUGAUUUGCCAGCUCAAACUUAAUAUACAUUGACCUUGGCCUUUCGCCGGCUCCACUUUAUCAUACCUUGAUCAUCAGCUUUUCCCGGCUCAACGUUAAUAAACAUUGGCCAUGGAUUUUUCUCGGUUCAAUAUUAAUAUACGUGGCCAUGGCCUUCCGCCAGGUUAAUCUAAAUUGACAUUGCAGGAUCGCCAAUGUGAUAUUCCAUGAAUUGCCGGCUCAACUUUAGUUGUCUAUAACUUUUGCCGGCUCAUUCCUAAUAUACGUUAGCCUUGGCCUUUCACCGGCUCAACUUUAUCAUACAUUGGCCAUCGGCUUUUCCCGACUUUAUCUUAAUAUACAUUGACCAUGACCUUUCACCGGCUCAACCUUAAUAUACACUAGCCAUGACCUUUCACCAGGUUAAUCUAAAUUGACCUGGCAGGAUCGCAAAUGUGAUAUUCCAUGAUUUGCCGGCUCAACUUUAGUUGUCUAUGGCUUUUGCCGGCUUAAUCGUAAUAUACGUUUGCCUUGGCCUUUCGCCGGCUCAACCUGAUCAUACCUUGGCCAUCGGCUUUUCCCGGCUUUAUCUUAAUAUACAUUGGUCAUGACCUUUCGCUGGCUCAACUUUAAUAUACACUGGCCAUGGCCUUUCACCAGGUUAAUCUAAAUUGACCUGGCAGGAUCGUCAAUGUGAUAUUCCAUGAUUUGCCAGCUCAAUCUUAAUAUAAGUUGGCCUUGGAGUGUUCAAUACAGAAGUAAUGGUAAAAACAGUGACGAUCAUUCGAUUUUUACAUAAUCGGACGCACGAAUGUCCUGGGAGAAGAGUCUUGCUCCUCCACAGGGCCUGGAAGGAGAAGUGGAUUUGAAUCCGGUUGUUAUAAUUGGCUUCGAACUUGUCGAUCCGCGGUUCCCCGAACUUGGGAAAAGAGGAACAAUACACAACUUUUCAAGCGUUGCUUCAAUGACCCUCCUUUACCUAAUUUUCCGUUCUUUCCCCUUAACACCUUGUCCCAUUCUGUUUGGAUACUAUGAACACCUCUGCUCCAUUAAUUUCUUCUAUCGUCCCCUUCGUCGGUUGUUAAAAAGCUAUUGUUAUAAAAAAUUAAUUGUAUGCCAUCCAAAAAUAAUUAUAAGUGCUGUAAAAUAGCCCAGAAGACUUUCAGUUAUUUUAUCGUUGGAGCGUUGAUUAGGUAUUUAUAGUAUUAUUUUACAUUCUAUGUUAAUCUUUGACAAAUUCUAUUGUUAUUCAAUUGCAGAAUAAAAUUUAAAUAAGACAAGUUAUUAUUCCUUCGUUCGGCAAAAUUUUCGGAAAAUUCAAAUCUUAAUUUUUAACAAAGAAAAAUAAAGUAAAUUCAAGUAAAAUAUGCUGCAUAUUUUAGCUGUUCUGCUUUUCACACAGAAAAUGCCAUUCGGGACUGACGUCAGCCAGGGAAUUUUUUGUCUCUACCGACCGCCGAAGCAUGUGUUCCACCAGAAGUUAGCGAAUACCGAACGCAAUGGGCAUGAUUGGGUGGUAAUUUGCAUGCACUUCCAGGCAUCGCUAAUUAUUCGAGUUUGCCCCCGCUGAAUAACGACGAUUGGUGAUUGUUUAAAUUAAAAAUAUUAUAUGCGUAAGCAUUCCGAUCACUCCGGACAAUGUCCUGCGAGCUGCGAUCCACCUAGCAGGUGGCGAAAAACGUCGUUUGUUGAACAGAGUCGUUGUCGCGUCGCUAGUGUUUUAUGUGAAAUUCAACACGUUUUAGUAAGACAGAAAAUCAGACUAAAAUUAGAAAUUUAAUAUGUUUUUCGCAAGGAAACGCAGUGUGCCACUUGUUAAAGUCUCAUCGAUUUUGUUUUUGGAAACUAGACAAAAUAGACGUGUAAUAGCUUAGUUGUUAUGAAGAUGGAAACAAUGUUUAGAUUUUCGUAAAACUAUGAAACCAAUUGCUGCUAAAAAUUGAUGUUCUAUUUCUGGAAACGUUUGUUUUGUGGUAAGUUAUAGUUAGUGAACAAAUGGUGAUGUUAGUUAUUUAUUGUAUUAACAGCCGGUUACUGUAGAGUUCAUAUUAAAAAAUACGAAUUGGUCUAAAACAAUUGCAUAGCAAAUAUCUGUAGAAAUUUUUCUUUGGUUUAGAACUAUGUUCAACAUGAGUGUAUAGAUUGAAGCAGAUCUUCACCUACAGGAUAGUCAUGUGCAAAAUACAAACGUGUACAAAGAAGUUGAGAUCCGAUAACGUUUAGACAACUCUAACUUAUAUUUUUACGCCAAAUAUCAAUCUCUGUAACAAAAAGGUUCCAAAAAUCUAUAUUUUUGGUGUGCCAACCAAAAGGCCAUCUCAUUACAUCCCAACUUUUCCACCUUCGUUUGUUUAGUUAAUCACCGAGGGCGUUGGUACAGGGACAUCGAAGGUUUCUUUCAUCAAUAUAGGCAUACCGCGCGCUGUGAGCCAACGACGUCGGGCUGCGGAUGAAAUGGAAACCUAUUCAACCUUCCAUAAUGAGCACAAGGUCCAAUGCGAGGACCUAGUGAGAGGGCAGGGUUAUCCCUAUUUGUCAUUUACUCUGUUGCACGUAUAUCGGAUACUGCCGCCAGCGGGAUCCGGCAUCCGCCCGGCGUGGAAACUGAGUAGAAGCAGCCUCCUGCCUCUAGCUUGUAUGUAUGCCUAGCAAACCACAGAAAAACGAGAACAUUAUGACGUCAAACCGAAUCUGUUGAAUGAAUAGUUUUACAUCGAUAUGCAUAUGUAGGUAUGCAGAUGGAGCUUUUCCAUAAAGCCAAUUUCCUAGGGGCAAGAAACUUUGUUGUUUUAAAAAUUUCCACUCGCAGGUUGCACGUUGGCUGUUUUUCAUUGCUGCAGCCAAUUUCGAUUUUCGUUUUAUGUUGCUAGAAAAUAAAUUUGCAAGCAGAUAUUAUUAUUUUGAAAUAACAUGCUCAAUUGGCGGAAAAGGUCAACCUUCGAAUCCAUACCAAUAGCCCGAGGCAUUGAAAAUGUCCAAUAAUUAAAAUUCAAUUUUCGUAAAACGGAGUAUCAUUGAUCAUUGGGGGUAACAUUGAUCAGUUCAGGAAAGUUGGCAGAAGUUGUUUAUUUCACAUAUUUAUUUAACCAAUGUUACCCCGAUGAUCAAUGUUACCUCGUUUUACGGUUCUUUAACUUCAGUAAAGCCGAAACCUAUUGUCAUGUUUUUCAUGUAAUCAUGGUUUUUCUCAGAAAAACAUAGGUUAUUUAACUUUUCUUUGCCAUCUAUUUCACUUUUUUACAAAUUUCAGCAUGGUUGAUUGCCAUUGAAAGCAUUUUUAUGUUUGUUUAUUCGAAAAUAAGUAAGUAAACUUUUACGGGAUGAUCAGUUCAAAGUCGCUCCUCCUGCCUUUUAUGCAACUUUGUUCCCUUACAGCAACUUUAUUAACAAGAAUUCCCGAGAAACUACUUUCUUAGGCACAUUUCUAACGAUGCUUAAAGAGCGAUUGAUCUGAAUCUCAAACGAGGAAAUUACCUUCCAACCGUCGUUCUGUACAUAUUGAAGAGUCAGCAAAAGUGCCAUAAACUUUUCUGCGGCUUUUCUUCCCCAUGCAUUGGUUUCAAUUUGUGGUUAUGGUCCAGCCGCUGCCGCCACUCACUUAACUAUAAAAAAGAGAAGUUACCCAGACCGACACAUCUCGGAGCAUCGUGCUGAUAUAGGGGAAUUGUGUAUAACGUGCCCCCCGUGGUCAAUGUGCCCCCCCUUCGUUUUUCGCUAAACAAGCGAAAUUAAAAUGCAAAACCACCCAGAAACCAUAGUAUUUGAUGGAACUAGCCUACUAUGCAAGUAUGACAGUUGUCACAUGCUGUAAAAACAAAAUAAAAAUAAAUUUGUUUUUGAGCAGCUUCCGAUGUAACUUUUGGCGUCAUUUCCAUAAGCUAUUUUCUUGUCAAAAUCUGUAAAUAACCGGUUGUUGCGAUUCGAUUGCGUAAAGUGAACUUCAAAAUGACAUCCCUGCUAAAAAUAACGGUAUGAAACGCUUGAUUUGCUUUAGCAUUUAAUAUUUUUUCAAAUAAGUAAAAGCAGGCCAAUAUGCCCCACUUGCGGUGGUGCAAUUUGCCCCCCCUUGCAAAUGUAGCUGUAAACAUUGGUAAACAGAUCUAACUUGAAGCCAAUUGCCAUUAUUUAAUUCAAUUAGUAUUGUAGAGCAACCGUGGUGGGAAUAAUUUAUUACCAACGUCUAAAUUCUAGGUAAUUCAACUACUCGGUACAAAACGCCACAGCUGCGGUAUAAUGUGCCCCAUGCAGAAAAGAAAAAGUGCACCAGAAGGCCGAAACUAGGUUUAUUUUACAUAAAAUAACGAUAUUUUGCAAAACAAAGGAAAUAGUUUUACUUUCUACAAAAUAGAGUUGGUCUGUCAGUGGUAGAAAUACUCAAAUUACCGCAUUGGGCAUAUUAUACCGCAGGUGGGGCAUUUUACCCCGCGCAGACGAGAAACACAACAUUUAGGUGCUUUUAUUAAAUAAUUCCUAUCAUGUUUAUUCCACAAUACUAAAUGAAAUAAACAAUUGCAAUUGGUUGUCAGCUUAAGUACCAACAUAUACACGUAGUUGUAACGGUAAUUUGGGGAAGUAUAACGGAGAUAUAUCCAUUUAUUCUUGGGGGGGCACAUUAUACACUUUUCCCCUACUUGACUUAACGGAGCAGCAUUUUCUGCAUUUAAACCCUUUAUGCUUGCACAAUUAUGGAAGCCUCAAGUGUAAGACAAGAAAUUAGUUUUGUAUUUGAGUAACUUGGAGUAGACCAGAAAAUAUUUGAAAUCAUUCAAGCAGAUCUGUAGUAGGGGAGUGUCGUCGUGGUUGGGCAACGUUUUCGAAUUCGCCCAUAACUUUCGUUUCAAAAGGAACUUUGGUAAUCUAAAUACAUCGUUGCAAAGCUCUAAGAAUAAUGUAUAUUUCCGGAAAGUUUUGAACUGAUUGCUUGAAAAAUAAAAAAGUUAUAGGCAUUUACGUAAAGACAAAAAAUGUUGUCAUAGUCGGGCCAUGUUGUACAGGUUGGGCCACCGCAGAAAAUCUAAGACAUACGUAUUGAAAUUCUAUAUAGAGAUAUGAAAAGAAUGAAUUCCGUGAACAACGGAUCACAUAGGUACAAAUACCCUAUUUUUAAUUGCAUUUUUGCGAAAUUUUGGUGAUCUUGUGAAAUCAAUAUUGCUACAAUCGCCUUUUCCGAAGUGUACAACUACAAUGGAAAAACAACAAAAAUCUAGGUUUUUAUAGUAUUAAUUUUGCUUUAUUUUAUCACAUUUUACGUGACUGUCAUUCUCUAGCGAUUAUUGCGCUUCAGCGCUUAAAAUUAUGGUGGCCCAACCAUGACUACUCAAGUGGCCCGACCUUUGCAAAUAGCGCUUUUCUAGUAUUUCACCUUAGCCUUUCCAAACACCUUACUGGAGGGAAUUUUGUUAUAGUCUUCGUGUGCAGCACAACACAUUUCAUACAUAUUCAAAAUUUAUCUCGAUAACUGCAUUUCAUGAAUCAUUUCUUGAAAAAAAGUUCAUUGCGCCUGGAAAACUUUUUUUGUAAGAUUUAGUCACGGAAUUCAGUACGGGUGUUUUGAAGACACGAUUGAAACUCACAAUAUUGUGAAAAGUUAGCUAUCAAAGUAAGAAGUUUUACAAUGGUUGUAUCAAAGAUAUCAUGAGUUACUAAAACUGUAAAAUCGUGAUGGCCCGACCAUAACAGUGGCCCGACGAUAACGACAAUACCAUACACUGCUAUUUUAUCAUAAAUGAUCGGACUUCAGAUUAUUCUCAUCUCAUACAUUUUCCUGGAGCUAAUGCAGCAUGCAAAAAGUUUUUUGACCAUUUCAAUAACCGUUUUCACAUAGACAUGUGUAUUCUUAUAUAUCAUACUAGUUGAGCCCGAAUCUUACGAUCCGGAAAAUAUAAAUAUCUGUUCGAUAUCAUUUCGAAAACUGCGGAUACAUUCCAUUAGCCAGUGUUUGCGAAGAUGUUUAAUCUUGUAUUAAUUCUUUGAGUUCCUAUAGCUCUAAGGUGUUGUACAUAAAAGAGUCAUAGCCGGAAACCGAAACAAACAGUUUUCAUGGUCGUAUUGGAUUUUAUUCAGCUGAAUAAAAAUUUCUUCUUUGCAACAUUUAUGUAGUCUGAUUUGAGUAAAAUGUUGCUUAGAAAACUUUUGAUCGUUUGCUAACAUUAACUCAUUUUUUUAAAUUUUGCGACUUGGUCCGGUCUGAUUUAACACCGACCAUAUGAUAUCGCGACAAGCAAUCGAGUUGAGCAGGCAAGUCGUGUCAAGCAGUUGGGUCGAGCAAUCGAGUCGAACAGUCAAGUCGAGCAGUCAAAUCGAGCAGUCUAGUCGAGCAGUUGAAUCAAGCUGUUCAGUCGAGCAGUUUAAUCGAGCUAUUAAGUCGAGUAGUCCAGUCGAGCAGUUGAAUCAAGUAGUCUAGUCGAGCACUUGAGUCGAGCAGUCGAAUCGAAUGGUUUAGUCAAGCAGUCGGGUCAAACGGUUAAGUCGAGCAGUUGAGUCGAGUAGUACAGUCGAACGGUUUAUUCGAGCAGUUGAGUCGAGUAGUCCAGCUGAGCAGCUGAGACGAGCAGUCGAGACGAGUAUUCCAGUCGAGCAGUUGAAUCGAACAGUUAAGUCAAGCAGUUGGGUCAAGCAGUCUAGUCGAGCUAUUAAAUCAAGCUGUCAGUUGAGUCGAGCAAUCAAAUCGAGUAGUAUAGUAGAGCAGUUGAAUCGAGCAAUCAGGUUGAGCAGUUGAGGCGAGCAGCCGAUUCGAAUAGUCCAAUCGGGUAGUUGAGUUAAGCAGCUCAUUCGAGCAGUCAAGUCGAGUAGUCCAAUCGAGCAUUGGAAUCAAGCAGUUGAAUCGAGCAGUUGAGUCGAGCGUCGAAUGGAACAGUUAAGAUGAGCAGAUAAACCAUGCUGUCCAGUCAAGCAGUCCAAUCGAGCAGUAGAAUCGAACAGUUCAGUCGAGCAGUUCAAUCGUGCAGUUAAGUCGAGCAGUCGGGUCGAGUAGUAAGCAAGCAAAUGUGUCAAUCAGUCGAAUCCAGUAGUAAAGGCGAGUAGUCCACUCGUGCAGUUAAAUCGAGCUGUUCAGUCAAGCAGUUAAGUCGAUCUGUCCAAUCAAGCAGUUGAGUCGAGCAGUCGAAACGAACAGUUCAGUUGAGCAGUUCAGUUAAGCAGUCCAGUCGGGCAAUCAAAUCGACCAGUUUAAUCGACCAGUCCAGUCGAGCAGUCUAGUCAACCAGUUGAGCAAUCGAGCAGUCCAGCAGUCGACCAGUGAGGUGACUGAGAAUACAACCCAUUGUUACGAAAGUAUGACGUCCUGUCAGGGACCUGUUUUUAUUUACCGAUAAGUCACUUAUGACGUCCUGUCAGAGACCUGGUUUUCGGAACAGACAUAAGCCUCUUAUAUAAUUAGAUUCUCACCCACCACGUGGCUACGUAGCAUUUGUUUUAUUCAAUCAUUUCUUUCUUCCCUUGGCGGUUUAGAGCCGAAGUGGCUCGAGCCUUAUCAAGAACUUUUCUCCACUGUACUCGGUCCUGGGCUACUCGUCAGCAUUUGUCAAGCGGCUCGACACACGCCAGGUGAAUUCAACCUGGUUUCCUGGUUAAGCCACCUCACACGCUCUUUUAUUUCUGGUGCCGGUGGAGUUUAUAAAGAGAACAGAUUUCGCUGCAGAAUCGUCCGGCAUCCUGGCGACGUGGCCGGCACUCCGCGUAGCCUCCUAACUAUCGCCAGCUAUGUGAUGGGAAUCUCUCCAAGUAGUGAAUGCACCACGUAGUUAAUACGUCUGCGUUACUCCGCCUUCCAUUUGUACUCCGCCAAAAAUAGUCCGCAACUCUUCGUUGUUAUAUGGUAAGUGCACGUAUGUCGUAAGCAAGGAGUCUGCAAAAGACUACCGGUCUGUUUAGCGUUUUGUACAUCGUCAGCACUGUGCGACGGCAUAUGCUCCUUGGGUAAAAUGUUUGGGGGGAAAAAGUAAGCCCGACUUCCAGCUUGAACGCGUCGUUGUAUCUCUUUACCUGCCAACAGUGACAAUAGAUCCCAAAUAUAUGAACUCAUCAACCACUUCACGUACUUUCUCGCGCCUUACCUGCCGUAGCUCCUCGCGCUCGACUAUAUCGUAAGCUGCCCUGAAAUCCAUCGCGGUUACAACCUUAUUGACGACCGAACGUAGUCUACUCCAUCUGUCUUCGACGGUCGAAAUACCUAGCUCCACUCCACAGAAGAAUGUAGAGCCUCAUCGGUCAGUUGUGUAUAGUGGUCGGCAACUUACAUGUUGUCAAAUUGUACAAUGUUUCACCGAGCAAGACGACUUUAGUCGCGAGGAGUAUACCGUUGAUAGCUUUGAGCGCACAUGCACUGCUACUAGGUAAUGAUCCGUAUCUAUAUCCGCAUUAUUAAAUUAACAUCAACAGACCGCAGUCGUCCUAAUGAGAGUUAACUUUCUUGAACUAAUAACAGUCACCGUAUUCUCAACAUUGAGUUCCCAAGUAACAAAUUUAAUUUUAAGAUGCACUUGAAGAGGUUUCCAGCAUUUGCUCCUUAAAACCGAAUAUAAAACUUGCAAUUCUACAAAUCUUCGAUAAAACAGCCAUAAAACCCUUAUAAAUCUGGGGAGGCCCACACUAAAGAAGGUUCUCAAGAAUAUUUCUAAAGGUCCUUUUAAAACUUGUAAUUCUUAUCGAUAUGUACUCAUAGUGACUUCCAAGAGUGGGUUGAAACUAAAAGAAAACCACCACAAGUUGUCGUCUCAAAAAAUACUUGCAAGACAGCAUACACUUUUCACAGUCUUUAUUUUUUUAAAUUGACUGAAAGCUAUAAGAGAAAAAGCAUUCACAGAUAUUGCUUUUCCAAAAUGGAUAUAAAUGAAAAUAAAGGCAGCUGCUUUGUUGUCAAUCAAUGAGAAAUUUUUCAUGUCACGCUCAGUUUGUCGAUGUUUUGUGACAUGAAAGUUAGAAAAUUUUAACGCGCCGGUUAUUUUCGUUAGAUUAUUAAAAAAUUUAAUUAAUAAAAAAAAUUCAAUAAUUUCAUGAAGAAGUUGAUAGCUACCAAAUUUUUAACAAAUUGCGGCAAAAAGUCUUUUAAGUGUCCGAACAUUUAUUUGAAAAUAUAAGAUCACUUAUGGUAUUGCAUAACAACACAUUUAUAAACGCCCAUAUGCAAUUGGCUAGAAUUUCAAAAGUAAUCCAAACAGUUCUGUUCGCCAUUUUUUCAAUGGUUUUAUCUAAAUCAACCUGAAAGCGCUUAUUAGACGAACAUGUCUUGCACAAGACAAAGAAAAUUUUUCCAAGAGGUCGAUAAGUUCAUCUAUACUUAUUGUAUUCUUGAAGAAGACAAUUUGUGCUUGAACAAGAAUUGUUUGAAUUACUUAAGGGGACCAAGUUUUUUGCAAGAUAAUCAUUCUAGUAUAAACAAAGAAAACGUCAACAAAGUGUCAAUGAAGUAUUCCACCACGCACACAUAUAAGGAUUUUUUGACAUUAGCUGAGGCCCUCGCUGAGGCUGUUUGCAGUAGGAAUAAUAUCAAAAACAUCAAAUAUCAAACUCCCGGAUCCUCUCCUCCACUCUUCGCUCCCCUCUCACUCCUACAUAACCGAUCCUCAGCUAAUGUCAUUCUGGUUAGUGACGAAACCGCAAAUUACUUCAUGUAAGUUGUUUUUUGUGCUGGAGGUUCACCUACUUAUAUUGAGUUUAUUAUUUUUUAAGUACAGCAGUCAUUAUGCUUACCCAUAUAAAUUGAUUUUAAAAAUUAAAAGUGGGCUGCACGGCAGUUCCAUGCGUAAAGUUUAAUCUGCAAAAUUUUUUAUAUAAUUUGUCGUUACAACCGUCUUUAAAAAAAAUAUGCUUCAACUGCUUCAACCCCUUCGAACAUUUUCCCAACACCGGCUAAUGACCUCUAUAUUCAAUUUAAAAAAUACAAACAACUCUACAAACCGGCACCGGCACCGCCUCCGCCAAAAUACAAUCGAACCAAAUUUUCUAAUAACAUACAAAUAUACCAUUGAUGCAUCAUCACCGGCAUAGUCCUUCCUCAGCUCAUUUGGAAAUCUUCAUUGUUUUUUGAUUUCACUGAUUUUUCAUAUGAAAUCUUGCUAAAGUUUCGCGCUAAAGUAUUUGUUCAAUUUUCUCCUGGUCCAGAUGCCCAUUUUGACAGAUCAGUUGUUUACGCUCGAAUGUUCUUUCGUCAGAGUAUGAUUUCUCUUACAAGAAUAUACGGUUUUAAGACGGUUUUAUGGUAGCAUUGUUAAGACAAACCAAUCUUACAGAAGAAUGUCAUAAGUUUUUGUCAAAACUAUUGCUAGGUUUUAAGGAGCGCCGUUUUUGAGCAGAAAUCAAGUAUCCUUUAAAACCACUUAUAAGGUGAAUUACACUUAUUGAUAUUUCAGUUUUAUACGUGUUUCUUCAAGUCUCCUUCAAUCAUACUUCAGAAAUGUUAGUCAAAUAAGAUAACAAUCACUUGAGGAAAAACAUUAUAAAACCUGAUAGAUUUUGCAAUGCUCUGAUAAAACUACUAUAAGAAAUGCAUAAGACCAAUUUGCUAUUGAAUUGUUACUUGGGUUAUUCCAUAGUGGCUCGGGACGCACGUCCAGAUCAAUCGCUCUUAAAGUAGCAGGACAAUUGAUUCUUCCCUGCAAUUUACCGACAGCAAAGAGAGCCCUUGGCACGGUCCUUCACACCUGAAGUGUCUUUGAUUUGGCAACACAGAUGCUGGACUGUGAAACCGUAUUCCAUUGUCGAACGGAUGAGUGAGUAGUAUAAUGGCUUGAGACAAUACGCGUUGGUAAAGCCCUUAGCAAUGCGGUAGACGAAUUCCAAAGUUCUGCAUGCUUUGUCCACAAAGUAGGAAUCGUGUCGUCUAAACGAUAACUGAGCGUUCAAAACAACGCCGAGACACUUCAUCUAGAUUUUAGUACCAUUCAGCAUGUAGUUGAAUAUCAUAGGUGAACGAAUACGGAUGAAUGAAAUAAUGGAGCAUUUUCAGGAUUGUCCAGCAGGCAGCGAGUUACACCAAUCCAUAAAGGUGUCAAGCUCUCUUUGAAGACAAAUUGCAUCAACCUUGUAGCGAAUCCCCAAGUAAAUCUUCAGAUUGUCAGCGUAAGAAAAACGAGAAGCUUUGAGAACGUGACUAACAUUUUUGAAGUACAGCAGGAAGAUUUACGGUCCCAAAUAACUACCAUGUGGAAUUCCAGACGAGCCUGGAAACCAAAGCUGCAACAAAGCUGCGACAAAGCUGCGGUGGAUCAGCAUUCCGAAAGUGAUACGAAACAGAGUUAUACAGAACAGAGAUCCAAACUGCGUUGGUCACGGGGUAAUGUGACAGAGCUACAGCAAUUAAGAGGGACACAACUAGCAAUCAUUUUGACUGCGUAAGUCUGUUUUCGUUCCACUGAAUUUUUGGCACAUAGUUUGUAAAAUUGGUGACUAAAGGGAACUUUGCUUUCCGGUUAUACGGCAGGGAUUUCGGUAAAUAGUAACUGAUUUGCAUGAUGGGCAUGGUGUCCCGUAACGCUGGAAUGUGCCUAAUGCUCCGAGUUACAUAGUGGAGUGAUUAGUUUCCGGAUGGAGAAAACCAUUGCUGGAUGGCUGCCACAAAAUGUUCAAAAAAACUCGAAGAAUAUGGUUGAUUACGUUCAAUAUUCGUUGGUCAGAUGAUUUCCAGGUGACCAGGGUGACAUCUUUGUAGGAAAAGAGAGUGCUUCUAAUCACCAAGCCUCAGGAAACUGUAAAGUGGCUGUACCGUUCGCAUCAGUGCGCAGCCAAUGGGCCCGAUCACCGGUCUAUACGUCGCUUUCCUACCGAUCUUGAUGUUCCGUUACAUCCCGACAAACAGCUGUUGUACUCCGCCAUCUGCUAAACGUGAAAACACUUCCUUCUCGUCAUCGUGUCAUCGUAUGGACAGUGCACGUUUGCAUAAUGGUGUAGUUGAAGAAACUGCCUUUUAUACUCAACAUGCACACUUGUCUCGUUGAUCGCUUUCUAAUCCACAACGCGAUACUACGUUCUGCCCAUCACUACAAAGCUCAUUGGACGCUCCAGAAUUGAGCCUUGCUGCCACGCAUCCUCCGCAUCUUCUCGUCUUUGCGACAAAUCUCGUACAGUGUCACGAUGUCGAGGUUCUAGCCGAUCGACAGAAUGCCGCUACCCACGAAAUUCAGUGAUCUGCAGUACCAGGUACCAAGUAUUCAUUCCAUGUCAUUAUUUCGUCGCCCACUGAAUGUUCCGAACCAAAUUUUCUUGAUUUUGAUUUGGGCGGAUUGCCAUGAUUCGCUCCUAACUCGGAGUACAAGAGUCAAGAGCCGCCCCUAACAUGAGAACAGAGGCUCAAGGCUAACGAGGCUAUUCCUCGUUACAAUAUUCAGCAUUCGCAUGAGUGUCUCUUUCCCUGUCGGCAUACGACCUUAAGUUCCACCGGAAUUAGCUAUCCGAAACCUGUUUGAAGUCAGCCAGUGAUAUCUACCUGUUGUUGUAAUUCUUUACGCUGGGUGUGAGGUGGUUCGCCUUGAAGACUCUGCGAUGAGUGUUAAUGGAUAGAAGCAUCCCCAUUUCAUCCAAUAGUUCGUCGAGACCAACUUGCAGUUGGUGUGCUUGACGAGUCCCAAGUAACAUUUUUGUUGUAUAAUAGCUUAUCAAGCCCUUGUUCCACAGGAAUUAGCUGCACAAUAGUUUAAUAAGUUAUUAUACAACAAAAAUGGUACUUGAGGUAUGUCCUUUAGCAACAACUGUGGUUAUUGGAUCCGCAAACCGCAACGUUACAAAAUCUGCUUGAAAGGGCGAAUGGUCGUAGCCGAUUGGCGUCUUCUUCAAACACUUGCGUUGAUCAAGUUCCUCGUUGACGACUGGAUACUUGGCAUAGGCCACGGGUUGCUUCGGACGACAAACUAAAUUCUGAUCAGGAUUAAUACAUACCUUGUCCGUUGGCUUGAUGCAGUAACCCAAGCUGAAGGUAAACACGGAUGGAUACGUUUGUCUUUCAACUUGCAUAAUAUCCCUCAUUAUACCCGUACUGGCGAAUUUUACACGGAGGCGCCUCUCUGCCUCUAGUUCUAACUUCAAUCUAAAUGAUCAAAAAUCAACCCCCUGAUCUUCCUCCUCCGCAAAUUUUGAUUAGGUUUCCUAUGUCAUGAGAAGAUAAGUUCCUUCAAUUUACAACCUCAUGUUGCACAUCGAAGUUCAACUGUUAUCAAUCGCCAAAAACCAAUGAAAAAGUUCACUGAAUCAGAAUCACAAACGAGAAAGUACACAUUUUCAAAGCUGCAAAUAAUUUAUUGAAACGAACACACAACUGCAAGCAAUGCUAGAUCAGGAAACGAACUAAUUACUGCAACUCAGCGAAUCACAACCUAAAAAUCAACAAACAGCAGCAAUCUGAAACCAAUAUUCCACUGGCAACGCAAGCAUAUAUAGUACGCAUUAAAAACAAAAAUGUAUAUUUGUUACCAAAAAAACACACACAUACAAUGUUCUAAGAACCAAAAGAAAAGAAACUAAACUGAAUCGGCUUAGAUAACCGUUAGCAAUCAAAUAAAUCGAUUAAUUAUUUAACUUUACAACUAGAAGGAACGAAGCCGAUAACUACGGUAUCCGCAAAGAUAGAUGAAAUUUGAAAAAAAUCUGUCGGUGGUAUUGUAACGGAUACGGAGCAUCUUUUAAAAUCGCAAAUGUCGGUAAUUUUGUAAAGUAUGUGUGUGUGUUCGUCCACUUGUCUGAGGGUGAUCGUACGAAGCAGCAACGCACACAGCUCAAGUGGUCGACUGACGACGAUUUGGUUUCUUUUAGGGUGCAAAACUAAUGUUAAUUAACUGAACAAAUGAAACACGGUUUAUAUACUCAAUUAAAGCAGGAGCGGUAAUAUAAUAGUAGCUCAAUUUGUACGAAACAUUGUUAAGCAAAGCACAGAUUCAUACACGAACGAGUGUGGGAUUUAUUUGAAAAUAGGACGACAUCCGGUAGUAUUAGUAGUGGAAAUGGGUGGAAAAGACAUUUUCGUAAGAAAAUCAAUGAAACUACAAAAAAUAGACAACAAAAAGUGUUACCUAAAGAAAUAAUUGUCACUUGUAUUAAUGGAGAGUUUUUAACGAAAAAGAAAAUAAAACGAGGUCAAGGUGUCUACUAAAAGCUAGCAGCAAGCAAACGCUGAGCCAUAGUUACCAACAGGUUGAAAUUAAAAUUAAUAACUAUAAUAAUAAUAAUAAAUCUAAUAAAAUCAAAACAAAAAAUAUGAAUUGUAAAAAAAUCGACACAUCAUAGGUGAUAUUUUCUUCACUAGGCAGACCAAACAAAUGUUUUGUUAUUGAACAACACAAUCGCAUCCAGAAACACUCGAAAGCCCAUAAUCAUUGCUUGAGUCGCAGUUUAAAACAAUAUGGAAUAAUUCUCUCGUCACUUCAUCUAUACUGUUGUAGCCACUAGGGGCCCGUAAAGUACGAAUUUAAUACCAGCAACUCUCAACGCUUUUCUCGGAACCAACAGAAAUAUUCACCCAAGAAAGUAGAUUUUUUCUAUUUUUCCUAGCACUAUUUUCGUAAUUUCCUAGCAGAAAGACGAUCAACCAAAUUUUGAGAAUUUUUAUUCUAAAACCGAACAUUUGUCAAAUAUUUUCCUAAUAGAAGCGAAUUGAACUAUGGCGUGGCGUGUCAAGUGAACUUUUGUCAUUUCAAUUUCAUGUCCUGCGGAAGAGGUAGACCAAUCGGAAUGAGAAAGUGUGAGACGUUCAGUUAAGCGGUGGAAGUCUUCAAAACUACUAACGCAAAUUUGGAACAGAUUAGAGCACGGCCGGUAUUAGGAAUAGGACCACUUGAAACACGCUGACUUUGCAAACCCAAACUCAAACCCGAAAACGAAAACAGAGACAAUUGUAAUAUCAACCAAAGUUCUUUUAAGCGAUAAACUUAUAGAAUAUAGCCGAAGCCAGUCGAUAUCCCUUGGAUAGCCUCAAACGCGACAUUUGGAAAAGGGGCAAAUACUAAGAAAUCAAUCUUAAUCAAAUCUCAACAGCAGGAAUCUACAGACACACAUCAAAACGAGAUGAAAAUGAGUUUGGGAAUACAAGGAGAAACUAUAGUUGAAGCAGAAGGUGGUAAAAAUAAAACAGAAGAGAAAACUAAUGUAAAAUUUAAUUGUAAUGUUUUGUAACAUAUUAUUAUGAGAAGAAAAAUGAGACAGAUGUUUUUAUGGUUAAAUAUAUAGUAUUCCAAAAUUGUU